UUCUUACGGCCUUUGUUUGAGUUGUCGACAUUUCGCAUCGCGCAACUGCUUGGGAGCUAUGGCGCAAAUCAAGCUGAAAUGGAACAAGGAAGAAUUCGACGUAACCAUCGAGGAAGGCUCCAGCGUAGAGGUCUUUAAGACGCAGGUGUGGACCUUAACCUCGGUGCCCGUGGACCGACAGAAAUACAUCGGUUUCCCAGGCGGCAUCCUGAAAGACUCUGAUGAUCUGAUGGCCAAGGUGAACAAGCUGAAGCCUGGCAGCAAGAUCACCCUGAUGGGAACUCCGGAGGGCAAGGAGUUGAAGGCGCCCGAGGAGAAGACGGUCUUCGAGGAGGACUUGUCGCCGGAAGAGAAGGCGAGGAUCCUCAAGGAGAAGAAAGUUGAGAUCCCACCGGCGGGAAUCAAGAAUUUGGGUAACACCUGCUACAUGAACGCAACGUUGCAAUGUCUGCAUCACGUGCCCGAUCUCAAGGAGGCGAUUUCAGGCUACCAGCCUCCGGCCGCUGAGGCUCGGGAUAUCGAUGCGGUGCUCACGGCCCAGCUGCGGACGGUGAAUUCGCAGCUGACCAGCACCACGGAUUCCAUCGUCCCCAUGCAAUUCGUGAUGGCCUUGCGGCAACGCUUUCCGAGGUUUGCUGAGAUGCAAAAUGGUGCUUACAUGCAACAGGAUGCGGACGAGUGCCUGCGCGGGCUGCUGACCUCGCUCAGCGGCACCUUGAAGGGCAGCAGUGAAGCCUCCAACAGGGUGGACGAACUCUUCGGUUACAGAUUGAAGUCGUCGCUGAAAUGUUUGGAAUGCGAUGAAGAGCCUCCUCAGGAUAGCGAAGAGCUGAGUCGAGUUGUGAUGUGCCACUUGGGGACGCAGACGGAGCCUGUCAGUCACAUCACCCAGGGCGUGCAACUCUCCUUGAAGGAACACAUUGAGAAGAACUCUCCAGUCCUGGGCCGCAAUGCGCAAUACGAAAAGACUUCCGCCCUGGAAAGCUUGCCUCCAUAUCUCAUUGUGCAGUUUGCGCGCUUCGGCUACAAGGGCGCCAACGAUUGGGCCGGCACUGCUGCGGGGAAGGUGAAACUCACCAGGAAGUGCGCCUUCACGCACACCUUCGACAUCUUCGAUUGCGCUUCGGAGGACCUGAAGAAGAAGCUUUCGGUGGGCCGGUUGAAGAAGAAGGAAAAGGAGGAUGCGGAAUUGGAGCGAAUGAAAAAAGCCCUGGACAAGAGUAGUACCGACGAUGUGGAGAUGAAACCUGCCGAGGAUGCCGAAGCGGCGGCCGUUGGGGUGGAAGAGCUGGACACAGGCUACUACCAACUGGUUGGUAUCAUUUCGCACAAGGGUCGUACCGCGGAUGGAGGCCACUAUGUGGGCUGGACCCUCCACAAGAAAGCAGACGGCAAAGAUCUGAAGGAUGACAUGUGGGUGCUUUUUGACGACGAUGAUGUGAGCUUUGUCAGCUGGAAGGAUAUGACAGGUAUGGGUACCGACCUCUGCGGCGGCAAGGCUGACACGCAGAUCGCCUACAUCAACAUCUACAAGAAGGUCACAGUAACUGCGGAUGCCGGACAAGCCUUAGGUGCUUCCGAAGACAAAGAUGUGAAGAUGGAGAGCGCCUCCGGCUACUGAAGAUACUGUUAAAUCGAUCUGAAGUAGGUACCUUUUGGUAAGCCACCCAUGGCUGGCUGGGAAAAAUCUC